UUCUUUUGGAAGGGAUCCCCCUGAUUUGUACACGCGUUGCAAAGCAAGCCUCUCGGCGGCUUCUGCAUCCUCUUGCUUGUCUGCCGGUCUUCCCCUUUCGCGCUUCCCCGCUCCGUCCCUGUCCAUUUAUAGCCUCCUCGAAAGUGCACUCCAAAGGGAGUAGUCCUGCUCAGAACGUCAGAGGCCAUGGCCGCCGGUCUCUCCCGCGCCACCAUGGCCAGCUUCGCCGUCAAGAACCCGCUCCUCGCGGCCGCGGCCGCGCGUUGCCGGGCGCUGCCUUCCUUCGCCGCCGCCCGGCGCCUGCCGUUCUCCCCGUUGACGCGGACGCCGCCCCGCCGGCGCGGGCUCGAGACCGUGACGUGCUUCGUCCCACAGGAGACGCAGGCGUCGGGCGCGGCUGCUUCUUCUCCGGCUCCGGCGCCGGCGCCGGUGCCUUCGCUGGAGGAAGAGGCCGCGUCCGCGGCGUCGCGGCGCGUCGCGGAGAGGAAGGCGCGGAAGCAUUCCGAGCGGCGGACGUACCUGGUGGCCGCCGUCCUGUCCAGCCUCGGCGUCACCUCCAUGGCCAUCGCCUCCGUGUACUACCGCUUCGCCUGGCAAAUGGAGGGCGGCGAGGUGCCGAUGACCGAGAUGUUGGGCACGUUCGCGCUCUCCGUCGGCGCAGCGGUCGGGAUGGAGUUCUGGGCGCAGUGGGCGCACCGGGCGCUGUGGCACGCCUCCCUGUGGCACAUGCACGAGUCGCACCACCGGCCCCGCGACGGGCCGUUCGAGCUCAACGACGUGUUCGCCAUCAUCAACGCCGUGCCGGCCAUCUGCCUCCUCGCCUACGGCUUCUUCCACCGCGGCCUCAUCCCCGGUCUCUGUUUCGGCGCGGGCCUUGGGAUUACGCUGUUCGGCAUGGCCUACAUGUUCGUCCACGACGGCCUGGUCCACCGCCGCUUCCCCGUCGGCCCCAUCGCGAAUGUACCCUACUUCCGGCGAGUGGCUGCGGCUCACAAGAUACACCACAUGGACAAGUUCGAGGGCGUACCGUAUGGGCUUUUCCUGGGACCCAAGGAGCUGGAGGAUGUUGGUGGCCUGGACGAGCUGGACAAGGAGCUCGCCAGAAUCAACCGGAAUCGGAGCAUUUGAUGGAUUCUCGAAAUGGCAGCACGCAGCUAAGCUAGCACACGGUGAUUUAUUUCUAUUUUUUUUGGGAAGGGAUGUCUGUCCGAUGAUCUAGGUGGGAUUCGAGGAUUACAAGAAUUUUUUGUUCUUGGCGGGUCUUUGUUGAUUCUAUGGCGGUACUGGAGGAGGGUAAAAUCGGAACCUGAAGCAGAGUGAUGAUGAUCUAGUGACGAUCGAGUAGCGCUUCCUCCCUCAUUUUAUUGCACAGGACGUCGUCGUUGUUAAUCGUUUGUACGAAGAUGCACAGAUCCUGCGUGAGGAAGUUUCCGAGCCGUGAUUAAAUCUUCACCAGUCCAUAAUUUUCUUUUUAUACGGAGAUCUAGUUCCCUGCCUUGUUCCGAUCGCUAGAAACUACGCUGCUGUGUAUAACCUGUAGAGAAAGACUGUGAACCGUACUUCAACGGAACCAUGAGAACUAAAGUUACCUGUUGGCAA